CUUAUCCACGGCGCCUGGAACUAGGGAUGACUCAGUGGGCGGAAGGCAGGACGACGUGCGUAUAGAAGGUGCACUCGAGUUCUUCUCAAAUAUGUUUGGUGUAAAGUACCUGGAAAAUUAUGUUGGAAGCAUUACCUUCUUCAAGGAACUUGUAGGACUUACGUGGGACGGGGUUCCUUCAGUGACUAUAAAAGAUGGAAUUCGGUGCGAAUCCUUGUUACUAGGCGAGCCUGAGGUGGUCCAGAAUCCACGCAUCGAAACUGCGGUGGCCAAUCUACUGAAGAUCAUCCGAAGGGGUCGCAAGCUCAAGUCCUCUAAUAAACGAAAAAUAGAGCAGGAGGCAUUAUUAAUAUCAAAGACUCUCGCCUUUGAGAUACUCGAGGAUAUUCGUGCUGUCUACGAGGAUGCGCCCUUUCGCCGUGGUCCACUACGGGAUUGCGUAGUGAACAAGGCGGAAUGCAAACCCGAUUUCGAUGGUUUUGGUUCACAUCUACGACAAAUAAAGGACCUGCAAGCAAAAUUCGACGAGGCAAAUGAUGUUGAAAAACGUGCGCUGGAGGAAGAUAUCACAGGAAGAAUGCUGUGGUUAUGUUGGACAGGUAUUCAUCGGGAGGUUAAACUUGCAACAAAAGAGAUUGUCCUCAAGAUUGUAAAAGAUGAAUUAAAUGCCGUUCGGGUAGCGAGGAGACGCAGUUGGGUUUUAAAUGAAAUCGGAAAAAUCUUUGAGGAAGCACUGGCUGAACCUGUAAACGAUGAUCAUCAGGUUCACUUGCGGCGGAUCAUGGCUGAUGCAGAAAAAGGCACGUUGAAAUAUGAGUUAUUCCGCUCCGCAAGGGAUAUGGACUAAGGACCCCGAUAUUAAUGACCAUUCAGAUGGUUUUCACCCAUGUAUACU